CAUAUAUUUGUUUGGACAUUUGUUGUUUUAAAUAUCAUGAUCGAAAAUAAUCUUCUCUGAAAGAGCUGCAGAGAUAUUUGGUUUGUUUCUUAUGAUCGUUUUAUUUAACUGUAUAGAUCCCAAUGACCAGAGGUUUGACUCCCAGACUGUGGUCCAACAGCCUGUGUCUGCAUCAGCUCAGCUGGGAGACCCUGUGGCUCUCCAGUGCUCUAUUACCUCCCAGAGGACGGACCACAGUAACAAGUGCCAGGGGGAACCCAGUGUGUACUGGUUCAGAUCAGGAUCACGACCUUCUCACCCUGCAGUCGUUUACAUGAAUGGGAACAGGAGUGGUGAAUGUCAGAAUAGUUCUGGGCCUCCGUCUGCUCCACAGAGCUGUGUCUACACUCUCCCCAAGAACAAUGUAGACUCCUCUGAUGCUGGGACUUACUACUGUGCCCUGGCAGCAUGUGGGGAAGUUGUGUUUGGAAAUGGAACUAAGCUAGACGUGUUGCAAAAUGAUACUAACAAAACAGAACCCUACAGGCAUCUAGUAACCGUGGUGCUUGGAAUACCGUUGGCUUGCUGUCUGGUUGUGAUUAUAAUCCUCUUCCAAACCAGAAAUAAAAAGCAAGUUUGUGAGCAUUGCAAAGGAACACUGAGAGCCUCCUACCAUGUUGCACAUGACUCAGUGAUUCAGGAACAACAGGACGGAGAAACAGAUUUGGAAAACUAUGCAGCGUUGGAGUUCUCUGGCAGGAAAACCAAAGCAAGAAAGAAGAACAGUGAAAGGACUCAGGAGAGUGUGUAUUCUGCUGUGAGAGAAACCUGCCACUGAAAUCCAUCAACCAGGUCCUAAUAUAAUUUAAUCUGGUGGUUGUGCGAUACAUUUCUAAAAGUGAUAAAAAGCAAGCACAUCAGUUUGCGUAUCCAAAUGUAGAUACUUUCAGUCACUGCAAAAAGACCAACAGCACCUGCAUUGUGUACAUUUGCAAGUCAAAUCCAACAUUUUAUCCGAUCAAAUUACUUCAUUUGAAAUUGCAUAUGUUAACAUUUCGGCUUUUGUAAGUUUUUAGGCAUUAAGGUCUCUGAAACUUAAGUGUGUAAUUGUUGCUAGAAUGUGUAAACUAAUAUUGGUAGGAAUGGGUAAAGUAUGCGAUCUUGAUCUUUAUUAGCGCCAUGCUCUGAACACCUUGGCUGAAUGAACUGCAUUGUUCUAAUUUGCAAUGAACACAGCCUCGAACAUUGAAUUGAAGGUUUCGUGGGGUCGUAUACACAAUCACAAUGGCUGUCUAGGUGGUUGUAGCGAUGUAAACAUGACUUGCUGAUGUUAAACAAAUCUAAAUUAAACAAAGCUAUAAAAUGUAGAUGUUCAAAGACAAGGUUUUUGUUGCUUGAUGUCGUUUUACUAAAUGAAUGAAAAUUUAGGACAGGAACAGGGGAAAGGGCAGAAAGUGGUGCUAGCUCAAACAUUAAUGGCCUUCACUCCCUACUUGUCAAAAGUGUGAUGCAUCGCCAAGGAUCCCUGGCGUCAAGUUCCAACAAAAGAUGUGUACCUUUUGCCUUGUUUUUCCACGUGGGGGUCCGUCAGAUAGACAUUAAUGUUAACACACCCGUCGCCAGACCUGAGUCUUAAGGGGGGCAUAUGAAAUGCAUGGGGGGCCCAAUUAUUAUUAGCCUACAGUACGUAUAUUUCCUCUAUUCGCGCAGCACAUAAUCAUCACGUUAAACAUAACCAACAGCAAUAUGACCCAGGUCACCCGGUAGCCUAUAACAUCACAUCAUUCCUCAUAAUUUAAAGCAAUACAUUACAUAGAAGCAAUGGUAUGAAUUGGCCUAUUUAUCAAUAAAUGCUGGACUAUACAACAUAUUAGGUGUAAAAGCAGUUAACAGAUAGAUAUGCAUUGCCCACACACACACACACACACACACAC